UACCUGCAUUGUGAUGCACCAGCAACCAUAACCCCAUUCCAUGGCUACAGACAAUGUCUACGUUCUCUUCUACUUAUUGGCCUUCCUAUGCAUUCAACCCAACGUCUGCGACGGAGCUCUAACCUCGGGCUGCAACCCUGCCGAAAGAAGUGCUCUACUUGAGUUCAAACGAGGCCUGAAAGAUCCUACCAACAGGCUGUCCUCUUGGGUGGGUGAAGACUGCUGCAAAUGGGAGGGUGUGACGUGCAGCAAUCAUACUGGGCAUGUCGUCAAGCUGGACCUCCACAAUCCGCAUCCUUUCUCUGAUUUUGGUGACGAGCCAUACAACAACUGGACCUUAGGAGGUGAGUUGAGGCCUUCUUUACUUGGUCUGAAGCACCUAAAGUACCUGGACCUAAGCAUGAACGAUUUUGGAGGCAUUAAUAUUCCAGAAUUCAUGGGGUCAUUCCAUCAACUCCAAUAUCUUAACCUCUCCAGAGCUGGAUUGGGUGGACUCCUGCCUCACCAGCUGGGAAAUCUCUCCAAUCUGCAGUAUCUAGACUUAUACAAUGACUUGGAUCCCAAUUUUGUGGUUCCGGUCCGUGAAUUUAGCAUUGGUGAUGCACUCUGGAUUUCUCACCUUUCUUCUCUAAAGCAUCUCAACCUGAAGAGUGUUAAGUUUCAAAAUGGUACUCACUGGCUGGAAGCUCUGAACAUGCUUCCUUCUAUUCUGGAGAUAUACUUACCUCUCUGUGAAAUUGGAAGUGUUCCCUUUUCUCUUCCACAUGUGAACUUUACAUCACUGUCUGUUCUUGAUUUGUCGGAUAAUCUCAUUGACUCUCCGAUACCCUCUUGGUUAUCCAACAUAAGUGGCCUUGAGCACCUUGAUCUCAGUGAGAACGACCUUCAGGGUAAUAUUCCACCGACCUUUGGUAACUUGGCUUCCCUCAAGGAACUUAAUUUAGCUUUCAAUCCUCUUCAAGGAGGAAUACCCACUUCCUUCAAAAAUCUGUGCAAGUUGCAGAAUUUAAUAUUGCCAGGCAUCAAUAUCAGCCAAGAUUUGUUAGGACUCGAUGAAAGUUUUUCUGGUUGCGUCAAGAUGAGCUUAGAGAGUCUGGACUUAUCCAGCACGAAUAUUAGUGGGCAGUUGCCUGAAUGGUUAUUCCAACUCAGGAAGCUUAAAGUACUCAAUUUGGGGUGGAAUCUGAUUUCUGGUCCUAUUCCUUUGUCACUUGGACAACUAGCAUCACUCCAAGAGCUCUUUCUUGGUCAAAAUCAAUUGAACGAAACAAUACCAGAAAGCAUGGGGUGGCUGUCUCAACUAGUUUCUUUGGACCUCGAGCACAACAAUUUGGAGGGUGUAAUGUCUGAGGCGCAUUUUGGAAACCUCACGGAAUUGAAAGACUUAACUUUGUCGUCCAACUCCUUGGCUCUGAAGGUCAAGAGCAAUUGGAUUCCUCCCUUCCGGCUAGAAUCCCUUUGGAUGGCCUCCUGCAAACUGGGUCCUGAGUUCCCUGCAUGGCUCCAAUCGCAAAUAAAUAUUUUCGAAAUUGAUAUGUCUAAUUCUGGUAUUAUUGAUGCUAUGCCAAACUGGUUUUGGAGCUUAAUUUCCACGGCAGAGUACGUGAGUGUCUCCGGCAAUCAGAUCAGUGGCCACGUACCCAAUUUAUUGCAUUUAAAUAAUCUCGACUGGUUGGAUUUAAGCUCAAACUACUUCGAGGGUCCUCUUCCAUAUUUUCCUCCUGCAAUGUAUUAUUUAGAUUUGUCAAAUAAUUCAUUCUCGGGAACAAUUUCACUUGACAUCAUGAAUAUGCCUUACCUCAUAUAUUUAUCGCUUUCAAAAAAUAAUUUAAGUGGCCAAAUUCCCUUCUUUGUAUGCCAACUGCAGGUCUUACAGGUUCUUGAUCUUUCAAAAAAUACGUUAUCAGGAGUGCUCCCCAAUUGUUGGAAUAAUUCUUCAAGUAUUAUAAUUAUGGAUUUUUCAAGCAACAACAUAUCUGGAGUUAUUCCUAAGUCAAUAUGUUCCAUAGCAUCACUUCAGUCGUUGGACUUGAACAAUAAUAGUCUAUAUGAAGAGUUGCCCCUGUCCUUGAAAGAUUGUACGAAAUUAGUCAUUCUUGAUGCUGGACAUAAUGAUUUGAAAGGUGAAAUUCCAACUUGGAUUGGCGAAAGUUUAACUAGUCUGAGGUUCCUCAAUCUACGAUCAAAUAUGUUGGUCGGAGAUAUUCCUCCAAAUCUUUCAAGAUUGAGUUAUCUCCAAUUUCUCGACCUUGCAGAUAAUGAGCUAUCGGGAAUUAUUCCAAGGAGCUUUGGAAAUUUUACUGCCAUGAAAGUUAUUGGAAAGUUUUUAAGUUAGAGGACAGGUCAAAUUGGAUAUAAGGAGCAUAUGUUUAUUACAACUAAAGGAAACACUUACUCCUACGAUGAGUCACUUUCGUUUAUGAAUAUUUUGGACCUCUCGGAUAAUAACUUAUUUGGAGAAGUACUCGAAGAACUCGUAAGUCUUUCUGGCUUAUUCAGUUUAAAUUUAUCUGGAAAUCAUUUCACUGGAGAAAUCAUCGAAAAUAUCAAUAAAUUACAACAGGAGUCCCUUGACUUAUCAAGGAACAACUUUUCCGGCACAAUUCCUUCUGGCCUCGCUGCCCUGACUUAUUUGGCUCACUUGAACCUCUCAUACAACAACUUGUCAGGGGAAAUUCCACGUGGUAAUCAACUUUUAACCUUCAAUGAUCCAUCUAUCUAUAUUGGCAAUCAUGGUCUUUGUGGGCUUCCUCUGAAUCAAAGUUGCAAUGUCAGUGAGACAGCACGAGGUCAAAGUAAUCCAGAUGAUAGAGAUGAGAAUGAGAUGAUAUGGUUCUACACGAGCAUGGCACCAGGAUUUGUUGUUGGUUUCUGGGCAGUCUGGGGUACCUUAAUACUUAACAAGAAUUGGAACCUUUACUACUUCCGAUUUAUAGACAACAUGCUUGACAAAGUAUAUGUGCUUACCGUACUGAAAGUUUCUAGGAUCAGAAAACGUUGUUGUUCCCAGCAAGGAUGAUAAAUUUGAACAUCAAUAUCUGCUGUAUGAGAGUUCAUCUCAUUAAUAUCAUAUCAUCAGCUUGAAUAAAUUUUCUUCUUCUGAAUACUUCUGGACUUGUAUACAAGUGUUUUUACCAUACGCAGAGUUUAUGUAAAUCCAGUGUCAGUAUAUCUAGAAUCAGAUUUCAUUUUACAUUACUAAUUUUUUCUAGAGAUCAAGGUUUAAAUGAUCAUUAACCCUCCCUACAAGCCACAUUGGUGAGACCCUCUCAAGCAAAGGUACGUCUUCUUCUAAAUCUCUUCGAAGAUUAAAUUUAUUUCACAUCAAAGAGCUUCCAUAUAUUAGUGCAGUCUGAAUUUUGAUAUAGAAUAACUUGGCAUCACGGUCAAGAUACUCGAAUUCUGCCCAAAAUAGGACAGCCUGAGUUAGAGCAGGAGUAGCUUGGAUCUGAAUUGCAUGUACACUGGAAUAGCUUGUGAUGGUUUCGUAUGUGCUUUCUAUCGUUCAAAGUUGUGGUGCUCUCUAAGAGCAAAUAAGGUUCAGACACAAGAGACUUGUUGUAUUUGAGAUGUUACUCGUGCUUCAUGCUUCUUGCGCCCAUGUAGAACUUUAAGGGGAUCUCUUGUUGCAUGUUUAGUCUUACUGUAAGUUUGUGUCCUCCAAACUGUACAUUGCUACAACUAUCCGACUGAAGAAGCUAUGGAUGCAUCUGCAGUUGCAACAGAUGGGGCUGUUUAAUAUGAUCUACUCAUGAAAUGAUCCUCUUGUUUGAGAUGCUUGUCUUUAUCAAUCGAAUACAUAUUGGUUGCAUCAUAAGCUCAAGUCCACCAAAUGUGCAGCUGCAUGAUCUUCUUGGAUCUCAAGCUCAGAUCUUUUCAGUUGAUGAGUCUCCCAUUGAUGGGGGACAUGCUGCUGCAGCUGAUGGAAUUGGGCCGAAGAGGCUUUCACAUGCAUGUCAAUGUGACAAGGAUGAUCUGUGCAUGCAAGAAUAAUCCAUUUAUGAUCUACAGAGUGUGGCCCCUCUCUGAGCCGCUCACAAUGAAUUUUGCCAUGGAUUCUGUGUCGUGACUCGGGAUGUAGACGAGCUUCAUUUGAUUACCUGUUGCCAUUAGCACUCAAAUGUAAGCAAAGUUCAUAAGAAUGUAAUUCUUGGUUCAAACUGUUAUGUAGACGCAAAACAAAGAAGAGGUGUUACAUCAA